CAAACUCGUUCAAAAUCCCUUUUUCAAAAAGAUUUUUGUCUGUACAUCAUUGUCACCGUCACCGUCACCGUCGCUGCAAACUCUAGACAUUUGUUUGUCUCUAGAAUAGAAAAAAAAGGCUAGAUCUCUUUUACUGUCUUCUUUCAUUGCACUUCAUCUCCACUCAUUCGCAAUGGCUGCCACUCUUCCUCCAUCCUCGACCGGCUCGACCAAGCUCGAUGCCGCAGUUCAGGUCGCAAAGGCCAACGAGCCUCAGAAGCUCUCUGGUCUCGGCCUCUACAGCAGAUUCGCCUUCGCUGGUGCUGUCUGUUGCGCCGUCACCCACGGUGGCCUCACUCCCGUCGAUGUCGUCAAGACCAGAAUCCAGCUCGACCCCGUCACGUACAACAAUGGCAUGAUCGGAGGUUUCCGAAAAGUCAUUGCCAACGAGGGCGCAGGCGCUCUGUUGACCGGUGUCGGCCCUACCUUCGCUGGUUACUUCCUGCAAGGUGCUUUCAAGUUUGGUGGAUACGAGUUCUUCAAGCAACAAUGUAUCAACCAGCUCGGUUACGAAACCGCCGCCAACAACCGAACCGCCGUCUACCUCGCCUCCUCCGCUGCCGCUGAAUUCUUCGCCGACAUUGCCCUCUGCCCCCUCGAAGCCACCCGUAUCCGUCUCGUGUCCGAGCCUACCUUCGCCUCCGGUCUCGUCUCUGGUUUCAGCAAGAUCGCGAAGACGGAAGGUUUCGGUGCUUUCUACAGCGGUUUCGGUCCCAUCUUGUUCAAGCAGGUCCCUUACACCAUGGCCAAGUUCGUCGUCUACGAGAAGGUCGCCGAGACCAUCUACCGAUCUGUCGACAAGAACACUGCCUCGGAUGGAACCAAGACUAUCAUCAACUUGGGUUCUGGUUUGAUUGCCGGUUUCGCUGCCGCCAUUGUCUCUCAGCCCGCCGAUACUAUGCUGUCCAAGAUCAACAAGACCAAGGGUCUCCCCGGUGAGAGCACCACUAGCCGACUGAUCAAGAUCGCCAAGGAACUCGGUCUCCGUGGUAGCUACGGUGGUAUUGGUGCUCGUCUGUUCAUGGUUGGUACUUUGACCGCUGGUCAAUUCGCCAUCUACGGUGACAUCAAGCGUGUCCUUGGAGCCACCGGUGGUGUUGAGAUUGCCAAAUAAACGAUUCGAAGAUGAAUUUGACCGAUUUGUCCCUCCUUCUCCUCGGACGAUUUCCAAGCCACCACUCCUCUUUAUUUGCAUGUAAUUGGGCGCAACUUUCGAGCAUAGAACAAGAAGAGCCGGGGGCGAACACGAUCUGGAGCUUUUUGUUCAUUAUUUGAAUAGAUGCUGCAGCAGCAGCAGCAGCGGCUGAUGGUGGACAUGGAGAUCAUCAUGCGGGACGACGACGGAUUUCCGGUAUGCGCAUGUUUAUAGAAUUGAGCCUUUUUGCGGAACCAGACAGAUCUGCACGAGGCAUUGCAAGAGGUCGUUUCUUGCAGCACGAAAAGCCACUUUCUUGCCCUUUUUUCUUAUUUAGAUAAACGGGGAUCAUGUACCAACAAAAAUCAAUGGCACAACUCAUUUUAUGCUUUUA